AUGGCUAAAUGCAUUCUUCAGUUGGAUAAGGGCACAUUCUACCCAAGUUCUGAGCCACCUGGACACGAGGCAGCUGCGAACGGAGCCCGUGGAGCCACCACUCCUGAAAGGGUAAAGCUGCACGGAGCCGUUUGGCUCCGAGGUGAGGCGUGUUUGCGUUACGCCGGUGCUGUGUUCCAGCUGCAGAACUUCUGGUUCAGGCAGACGUGUCAUCCAAGUCUGAUAAUUCUUAAAUACAUUGUGAAUUACACAAAAGGUCAGAUUGUAGAAGUGCUGUACACUGACUUUGUCUCUUCUUUUUCUUUGCUCCCUUCCCUUUACGUGAACGGUGUAUUCGUACUUCUCAUCAUCGUUGCCGACUCUUUCUGCCAAUCAUCUAGAAAACCACCUAAGGUGUUUGCCUUUGAUCACUGCUUCUGGUCCAUGGAUGAAUCAAACACCACAAAAUAUGCAGGUCAAGAAGUGGUGUUCAAGUGCCUUGGAGAAGGAAUUCUUGAAAAGGCCUUUCAGGGAUAUAACGCUUGUAUUUUUGCCUAUGGACAGACAGGUUCAGGAAAAUCCUUUUCAAUGAUGGGCAAUGCAGAGCAGCUGGGUCUGAUCCCACGGCUCUGUUGUGCUUUAUUUCAGAGAAUCUCUGUGGAAGAAAAUGAAUCUCAUACUUUUAAAGUCGAAGUGUCCUAUAUGGAAAUCUACAAUGAGAAAGUCAGAGAUCUGCUUGACCCAAAAGGGAGUCGGCAGUCCCUUAAGGUCCGAGAGCACAAAGUGUUGGGACCGUAUGUCGACGGCCUGUCCCAGCUGGCUGUUACAAACUUCGAGGACAUUGAGUCACUGAUGUCGGAGGGAAACAAGUCACGAACAGUUGCUGCAACCAACAUGAAUGAGGAGAGCAGCCGCUCUCACGCUGUGUUCAAUAUUAUAGUGACUCAGACACUUUAUGACCUGCAUUCUGGGAAUUCUGGAGAGAAGGUCAGCAAGGUCAGCCUGGUGGAUUUGGCUGGGAGCGAGAGAGUGUCCAAAACGGGAGCUGCGGGAGAACGUCUGAAAGAAGGCAGCAACAUAAACAAAUCUCUUUCAACAUUGGGCUUGGUUAUAUCAUCACUUGCUGACCAAGCAGCAGGGAAGGGGAAAAACAAGUUUGUGCCUUACAGAGACUCUGUACUCACCUGGCUCCUCAAGGACAACUUGGGAGGAAACAGCCAAACUGCCAUGAUAGCCACAAUUAGUCCAGCAGCAGACAACUACGAGGAAACACUCUCUACGCUGAGAUAUGCAGACAGAGCCAAAAGGAUAGUUAAUCAUGCUGUGGUGAAUGAAGAUCCAAAUGCUAGGGUCAUCAGAGAAUUACGUGAAGAGGUUGAAAAACUGAAAGAACAGCUCUCACAAGCUGAGGCCAUGAAGGCACCAGAACUGAAGGAAAAAUUGGAGGAGUCUGAAAAACUGAUAAAAGAGCUAACCGUCACCUGGGAAGAAAAGCUCAGGAAAACAGAAGAAAUUGCACAGGAAAGGCAAAGACAGCUGGAGAGCAUGGGAAUUUCCCUCGAGUCUUCGGGUAUCAAAGUUGGGGAUGACAAAUGUUACCUGGUGAACCUGAAUGCAGACCCUGCGCUCAACGAGCUUUUGGUUUACUAUUUAAAGGAUCACACAAGAGUUGGUGCAGAUACCUCUCAGGAUAUACAGCUCUUUGGGAUAGGAAUCCAACCAGAACACUGUGAGAUUGAUAUUGCUUUAGAUGGAGAAGUUACACUCACACCAAAAGAAAACGCAAGAUCCUGUGUAAAUGGUGCACUGGUAUGUUCUGUCACUCAGUUAUGGCAUGGAGAUAGAAUAUUAUGGGGAAACAACCACUUUUUUAGAAUCAAUUUACCAAAGAGGAAACGACGAGAUUGGCUGAAAGACAUUGAGAAAGAAACUUCAUUAGGAGAGCAUGAUCUGGAUGCAGCUAGUGAAGCCUCUUCAGAACCAGACUACAACUAUGAGUUUGCACAAAUGGAAGUUAUUAUGAAAACACUGAAUAGUAAUGACCCUGUACAAAAUGUGGUCCAGAUCUUGGAGAAACAGUACUUGGAAGAGAAGCGGAGCGCUCUUGAGGAGCAGCGGCUGAUGUACGAACGUGAGUUAGAGCUCCUGCGGCAGCAGCUCUCUCCGGAGAGGCAGCAUCAGCACGGCAGCGACAGGCUCUCCUACACUGCCCAGACUGCCCAGCAGAAAGUAAAUCUCUGGACAGAAGAGAGGGAUGAAUUGUUUCGACAGAGCCUGGCUAAACUUCGAGAGCAGAUAGUAAAGGCAAAUACACUGGUGAGAGAAGCAAACUUCUUAGCAGAAGAAAUGAGUAAGCUAACAGAUUAUCAAGUAACGCUGCAGAUCCCUGCUGAAAACCUCAGUGCCAACAAAAAGAGGGGUGCAAUUGUAAGCGAGCCUGCUAUUCAAGUGAGAAGAAAAGGAAAAGGUACUCAAGUGUGGACUAUAGAGAAACUAGAGAACAAAUUGAUUGACAUGAGAGACCUCUAUCAAGAGUGGAAGGAGAAAAUACCAGAGAUACGGAAGCUGCUUGGCAAGAGAGGCGAUCCUUUUUACGAAGCGCAAGAGAACCACAACUUGAUCGGCGUCGCCAACGUGUUCUUGGAGUGCCUGUUCUCGGACGUGAAGCUGCAGUACGCGGUGCCCAUCAUCAGCCAGCAGGGGGAGGUUGCGGGACGGUUGCACGUUGAAGUAAUGCGAGUCACUGGGUCUGUCCCAGAACGUGUUGUAGAAGGAGACGACUCAUCUGAGAACUCCAGUGAGAGUGGGAGCCUGGAAGUCGUGGAUAACAACGGAGAAAUCAUUCAUAGGGUGAAGAAGCUCUCCUGCAGGGUAAAAAUCAAAGAAGCAACCGGACUGCCGCCUAACCUCUCCAACUUUGUCUUUUGUCAAUACACAUUUUGGGAUCAAUGCGAGUCGACAGUAGCGGCACCAGUGGUAGAUCCAGAUGUGCCUUCACCUCAGAGCAAAGACGCUCAUUUCACAGUGACCUUCUCUCACUGUAAGGACUAUGUGGUGAAUGUCACAGAGGAGUUUUUGGAGUUUAUUUCAGAAGGAGCUCUUGCUAUCGAGGUGUGGGGUCACAGAUGUACUGGCAAUGGCAGCUCUGUGUGGGAAGUUGAUUCUCUUCACGCCAAAACGAGGACACUGAGAGACAGGUGGAACGAAGUAACUCGUAGAAUAGAAAUGUGGAUUUCCAUACAAGAGUUGAAUGAGAUGGGUGAAUAUACCGCAGUUGAACUCCAUCAGGCAAAAGAUGUGAACACAGGGGGAAUUUUCCAGCUCAGGCAGGGUCAUUCUCGCAGAGUUCAGGUGACGGUGAAACCUGUACAACAUUCGGGAACGUUGCCUCUCAUGGUAGAAGCAAUUCUUUCAGUCUCUGUAGGUGGUGUCACCGCCAGAUCAACUAAACUGCAAAGGGGUUUGGACAGCUACCAGAAGGAGGAUGAUGAUGGUGGUGAUAUGGAUAGUUACCAGGAGGAAGAUUUGAACUGUGUACGAGAGAGGUGGUCCGACGCGCUGAUAAAACGCAGAGAAUACUUGGAUGAGCAGAUUCAAAAGAUCAGCAACAAGCAAGAAAAAUCUGAGGAUGACCUAGAACGAGAAGCUCGACUGGUUGAGCAGUGGGUAGGGCUGACGGAAGAGAGAAAUGCCGUGUUCGUUCCAGCACCAGGCAGUGGAAUUCCCGGUGCGCCUGCAAAUUGGAUUCCGCCUGCCGGAAUGGAAACACACAUACCCGUCCUCUUCCUUGAUUUGAACGCUGAUGACCUCAGUGCCAAUGAACAACUUAUAGGUCCCCAUGCAUCGGGAGUUAACUCCAUCCUACCAAAGGAGCACGGGAGUCCCUUCUUCUACUUGCCCAUCAUAAAACACAGUGAUGAUGAGGUUUCAGCCACUGCUGCUUGGGACUCUUCUGUCCACGAUUCAGUGCACCUGAAUAGGGUGACUCCUCAAAAUGAGAGAAUUUACUUGAUAGUGAAGACUACUGUGCAGCUUAGCCAUCCUGCUGCAAUGGAACUGGUGCUACGCAAAAGGAUUGCAGCCAACAUUUAUAACAAGCAGAGUUUCACCCAGAGCUUGAAAAGGAGAAUAUCCUUGAAAAAUAUCUAUUACGCCUGUGGAGUGACCUAUGAAAUAGUAUCCAACAUACCAAAGGCUACAGAAGAAAUUGAGGAUCGCGAGACCUUGGCACUGAUGGCCGCGAGGAGUGAGAACGAGGGCACGUCCGAUGGCGAAACCUACAUUGAAAAAUACACACGUGGCGUGCUGCAAGUGGAGAACAUUCUGAGCCUUGAACGACUAAGACAGGCGGUCACAGUCAAAGAGGCUCUCUCCACCAAAGCGAGAAACAUCCGCAGAAGCAUCAGCACGCCAAAUGUGCACAACGUGUCCUGUAGCCGACUAGACCUUUCUGCCUGUGACGAAGACGAUAAGGGUUGGUCUGAAAGUCACCUGGAUAUAUCUGACUGUUCGUCCAGUUACCAAGAUGUAUCGUGCUAUGGUACUUUACCCAGGGAGUCACCUCGCAAGAGCAAAGAUGGCAGUGGCAUUGUAGCAGAGAAUUCCCAUGCUUUAAUGGCCAGCCCUUUUAAAGCGUUUUCUCCUCAGCCACCAAAGUUUUUCAAGCCCUUAAUGCCAGUGAAAGAAGAACAUAAAAGGAAGACCCCGCUUGAAAGUCGACCUCUGCUCAGCCAAGAGAGCACGCCUUCGCCUCGGGUGCGCUGCGCUGGCUGUGCUGCACCCGCGGGAAGCGGUGCCAGCGGCGUGCCCCUAGAAAGCCAUAGCGUGCGUGAGGAGAAGAUUGACUCCGAGGAGGAGGAUAGCGAGUUGGAGGCCAUUAAUAAGAAGCUGAUAAGUCCACAAAGUUUUCAAAAUUUCCGGCCUUACGUACCAGAGGAGUUUGCUGACUUCAGUGUUUACAAUGCUAGCCUGGAGAACAGGGAGUGGUUUUCUUCUAAGUCAGACUUCAUGAGUUCACGUGUUCUUGAGAAAGAGGUAUCCCGCAGCCCCACCACUAGCAGCAUCACUAGUGGCUACUUCUCCCACAGUGCCUCUAACGCUACUCUGUCUGACAUGCUUGUUCCCUGUAGUGAGAGCACAGACCAGCUCGCCAGUCACACGAAGGAGCUGGACUCUAGUGAUCCCUCAGGAUCACCUCUUGCACACGAUGUAAGGUCUUCUUCGGGCAAGGAAGGUCGGGAGUCAGAAAAGGAGUUAGCGAAAGAAAAGCUACCUGUGUUACCACUGAGAGAAAACAGUGCCUUAACGGAACAAGUACCACUGUCCCUCGACACUGCUGGCACAGACUCGCAGCGGUUACCCGGAGCUGGGUCGUUUUCAGCUCCAAGUUCCUUGGACGGCAAAACUACCUGUCCUACAAUCGAGUUCUCGGUGCGCGAAGCAACGGUUGAGCGCACGAUGGAUGUUCUUGAAGAUCACUCCUUUACAGAGUUCAUGGGCGUCGAAGACGGGAAGGACUUUGACCAUUCAGCUCCGCAGCCGUGUUGCCUCAUGUCCUCUAAUGGAGUGAGUUCCUCGGAGUUACCCCGAGGCCCUGCCAAGGAGCAGAGCACGUGCCGGGGCCAGCUGGAUUCAGCGGCGGCAGGCGACCGGCCCGUGGGUGCCACGGAAAGCCCUUUGCGUUCUGUAAAAGAGACUUCAGACCGUGAGACUUAUCCAGAUGCUUCUGUAGAUGAUUUUCUUGGGAAGGACCACUUGGACGGUUCCGAUAGCGAAGAAGGUGCUUCUGCAGAUCAAGCCCACGUCUUGCCUAGCUGGGUGGCAGUGGGUGAACAAGUGUGUCUUGGAAGUAAUAAGAUGGGAACUGUGAGAUACGUUGGAACGGUGGAUUUUUCCGCUGGAAUUUGGGUUGGAGUUGAACUAAAUGUUCAGCUGGGGAAGCAUGAUGGGACUGUAAAAGGCAGAGAGUACUUCCACUGCAAACCACGACACGGGGUCUUUGUUCGUCCCGGGCGCCUCAGCAAAGCACCAGCUUCCACGAGGAAAUGGAGUAGCGCUUCACGGUCUCAGGCGUCUUCCACUUCAGAGAAACGGAAAAACUCUGUGUUUCAAGGCUCAUCGCCCACUCCUAAAAUGGGAGGAGAAGUCCUCUGCCAUUCCGGAGAUGCAGCAGCUUCUGCUUUUUCUAGGAAACAGGAAAACAGGAAAUCUUGGAUUAACUAA